CUUGGGCAGGAAGGGGUCCUAUGGCUAAAUAGGAGGAGGAAACCCACGUGACCAGAGUGCCGCCUAUUUCCACCGAUAUAAAACUGUCUUCAUUUCCCUAAACCCCAAACAGGGUCUCCAAAAGAGAUGUAACCCCCACUAGCUCAAAUCCCGGGCCCUAUUUCCUUCCCAGAGUCACGUUUCCCCCGAGUACAAGAAGCUGAGAACCUCUUCCGGCUGCGGAACCUGGUGGCUUCUAUUGUGAGGACCACAUUUGGAGCCGGACCGGACGGCACUUCCGUUCACAUCUCAGCCUUUUGGCUCGCGCGUUGAGAGAAUGGGGUCCUCUGGCCUGGCUCGGCUGCACGGGCUCUUCGCGGUGUAUAAGCCCCCGGGGCUAAAAUGGCUGCACUUGCGGGAUACGGUAGAGAUGCAGCUUCUGAAAGGUCUCAACGCCUGCAAGCCUCCUGCCCCGAAACAACGUGUUCGCUUUUUGCUGUGUCCCGCGGAAGGCAGCGAAGAGAAGGAACUGACCCUCACAGCCACCAGUGUGCCUACCCUCACCGACCACCCGCUGGUGCGUGGGCCGGCAUUCACCAACCUGAAGAUCGGAGUGGGACACCGGCUGGAUGUCCAUGCCUCAGGCGUGCUCGUGCUCGCCGUGGGACACGGAUGCAGACUCCUCACUGACCUGUACGACACUCACCUCACCAAGGUGUACACAGUGCGAGGCCUGCUAGGCAAAGCCACAGACGACUUCAAGGAGCACGGGCGGCUGGUAGAGAAGACCACAUACGAUCACGUGACCAGAGAGAAGCUGGAGCGGGUCCUGUCUGUGGUCCAGGGCUCCCACCAGAAGGCGCUGGUGAUGUACUCCAACCUGGACCUGCAGUCGCAGGAGGCCUAUGAGAUGGCUGUAAGAGGCGUGAUCCGGCCCAUGAGCAAGUCCCCGAUGCUGAUCUGCGGCGUCCGAUGCCUCCACUUCGCGCCUCCGGAGUUCCUCUUAGAGGUGCAGUGCAUGCACGAGACACAGCAGCAGCUCCGGAAGCUGGUGCACGAGAUCGGCCUGGAGCUCAAGACGACUGCCGUCUGCUCCCAAGUGCGACGCACAUGCGACGGCUUCUUCACACUGGACGAUGCCCUCCUGAGGACCCAGUGGAACCUGCACAGCAUCCAGGACGCCAUCCAGGCUGCAGCCCCCCGGGUGGCGGCAGAGCUAGAGAAGAACCUGAGGCCACAGUCUGGCACCGAGCAGCUCCCCGGUCCUGCCGGGCCUGGGGUCUCUGGGUGCCCGAACUCUACCUUGGGGGUAGGGCACUGAAGGGCCGGGCAGCUGGUGGGGUGCUGUGCAGAUUAAGGUAAAGGCUCAACAUUUAAGAGCCAGAAGUGCUAAGUGUGCAGGAAAUAAGUACAGGAAGUGUAGCAAAUCCCAGGACUCUUGGAGGCUGAGGCAGGAGGGUCAUGAAUUUGAGCCUAGCCUGCGCAACUUAGCAAGACCUUGUCUUACAGUAAAAAAUAUUGAAGGGCUGGGGAUGUACCUCAGUGUAGGGGCUCAAAAUUCAGUCCCCCAUAUCGGGAGAAAAAAAAAGUCUGGUCUACAUUAGACACAAAACUGAAAUUGUAGCUGGGUGUGGUAAUGCACACCUAUAAUCUCAGCACUGGGGAAGCUGAGGCAGGAGAGUCACUCUGAGUUUGA